GCAAUCAGCUGCUUUCUGAGCUGCUUCAUUAUGAUUUGCCGACACCCAGUCAGUCAUAGCAAGAGCACAAAGCUCAGUGUUUGUUCACAUAUCCAGUUGGAGCAAGCUAAAAAGGACUCUUUGUGUAACACUCAUAUUGAGUCAUAAAGUCUGUCCGUCGAUCUAGCUAGGCAAGUCUACAUAUUUUAGUCAUCGCGACCUGAGCAGGGUUCACCACGGAUGCACUGGUUCGAGGCUGACGGAAGCAACCAAGAUUUCCAUCUAUCCGGCCGUGUACCAGUGGUGUACAGGCUCGAGCAAAUCCACCAGCGAACCCACACAAGAUAACGAUAAGUGCAGUGCCGUGUUUGCCACAACUCUCACACUCCUGUUCUCUGUACAGCCCAUUGAAGCAGUAGCUCUGACCUGUGUGCGUAAAACAGUUGUAUCAAGGGCCCAGGAGCUCUUUGUUUUUUUUGCAUUCAGUGCAUGCCAUUCAUUGCUCACAUUUCCACGCCGCUCGAGUCGAAGUCGACUGUCUGAUUUAUUGCUGGGCAGAAGACCACCCUGGCUCCAGGACGUUUCGAGUUGGCAGCGAGUUCUUACAGCUCGCGUCACGCAGCGCUUUGGUCAUGCUGCGCCAACGUCUUUGUCGCCUCCACCCCGGGCUCAGCCAGAGCUGGAGGUGUGGAGGAGGUGGACAGCGCUCCAGGAACUUCAGCUCGGGUGCCAACCAUGUGCGGUACGCGGCCGGGACGGCCACCGCCUGCGAGGCAGUCAGCGCUGCGCCGCCACCUGUUGUGCAGGUGAUGCCGGCGUCCAAGAGUCACGUGCGCGUCGUCUGGGACGACAAGGUCGCUAGCCAGUACCACUUUGUCUGGCUACGCGACAAUUGCCGCUGCAGCCAAUGCAUUGAUCCGGGAACGCAGCAGAAGCUGCUGGACACCGCGUCGAUUGCCCUCGACCUGCAGCCACGCGAGGUGUCGUUCUGUACGAGUAGCGAGGACGAGGGCAUGGGUGACAGUGCGGUGCGCAUCAAGUGGAGUGCCGACGGCGGCAGCAGUGAGCACGUCAGCAUCUACCCAGCUAGCUGGCUGCGCGCUCACGCUGAGCCGUUCCUUGUCGACGGCCAUGCUCACUAUGUGACUCGGUCAUUGUCGGAAGCGGCGGCUAGCAGCAUGACGGCCGCUGCCCCUCACCUGGGCAAGGCCGUCCUGCCCGCCGUCAAGCCGUGGAAGGCCGACGAGCUGCAGCAGCGCCAGGGCUUGUUCGUCGACUACGCCGACGUGACGUCGGCGGACGCGGAGCUCGCACAGCGCAGCCUGCGCCAGCUUUGCGAUAACAUACACCUGUAUGGCCUGGCGUAUCUCAGAGGUGUACCAACGGAAGAUAAUUUUGUACUCCGGGUAGCUGACUUGGUCGCUAUAGCCAAGCAAACUUGUUACGGCUACAAGUUUGACGUCGUUCAAGAAACGCCAAGCGAAGUCUCCCACCUCGCCUUCAGUGGAGCAGAGUUGGACAUGCACACCGAUCUCAACUACCGCGAGAAGUCACCAGGUUUGCAGUUUCUACACUGUAUGGAUCUUACCUGGGUGAAACCCAAGCACUCUAUUCCGGCCGACAAGCAAGGUUUGAAUAUCUUUGUCGACGGCUUCGCUGUCACCGAACACCUUCGCCAGAACAACCCAUCUGCGUUCCACAUUUUGUCGUCAACGCCGGUUGCCUUCUCCAUACGCUAUAAGGAGCACACGUACACACAAGAAGUUCCCAUCAUCUGCAUGGCAGGUAGCGGUGGUGAUGAGGUGGAGGAGGUACACUUGAACAACCGCUGCAUGUCGCCACUUCAGCUUGCGCCCAACAUGAUCCUGCCGUUCUACUCUGCUUACAAGAGCUUCAACGACUGUGUGCGCAGCGAUGAGUAUCGUUACAAACACCAGCUGCAGCCCGGCGAGCUGGUGAUCUUCAACAACCGGCGUGUCAUGCACGGCAGAACUGCGUACGACCCGAUGGCGCUGCGAAGGAAGUUGCAAGGCUGCUACAGCGACCUGGACGAUUUCCAGUCGAAAUAUCGCUCCGUACUGCGAGGCACCAGUCGUCCGCAAGAGGAGAGCUCUGUUUAGACUCCAUGACCCCCGCAUGGCUUGAUGGCAUCUCGAAGCAGUCAGUGGCCAUCGCUCGCCUGCCACUACUCUUGCGUAAUAUCCUCUUGCCGUGUCUGUGACAGAUGUGUCUCUAUCCCUCUGGAUAACCACACGUUGGUAUUCUAUCCUCUCUUCGUGAUUAUGACGGAUGUGUCUCUACCGCUCUCUAUCGCUAAGCACAUAUUGAUAUGGGUUCAGUAAGACCUUAAUCCUAUGAUGGUGGCCGGCACACCGUUUUGACUGGCAGCACACUGACAUAUCAAAUGUUGUAACGCCCAACCAGUGCACGUAUGCUCACUUACUCUCACCCCCGCGAUAGGGCUGCGAUAUGGCCGGCCGGUGAGCUUUCGCAGUCGCAACACGCAACACUCUGCACCGCCCCCACCCCCCGACCCUAUUGCCCGGCUCGAGUGUGUGUGCACUGCACUUUCCCCACCCCGACUCUAUUGUCCGGCUCGAGUGUGCGCAUGCACGCUUGAGCUUGACGCUGAUUUCUAGAUUUUUAGUUUUCCAGUUCAUAGUCACUAACUAGCACAUGUUCCUAGCUACUUUACCGGACCUGUUCCUCUACAGCAGCUGCUGCCCGCCACGGCAUUACGCACGCCGAGGUCUUCUAUAGCAUCCGUUUAGCCUUGUUUUACACACACACACACACACACACACACACACACACACACACACACACACACACACACACACACACACACACCUUGCAUAUGCACAUCCCUUGCAUAUGCACAUCCCUAGCAAAUGCACACACACACACACACACACACGCACCUUGCAUAUGCACAUCCCUUGCAUAUGCACAUCCCUAGCAAAUACGCACACACACACACACACACACACUCUCACACACUCUCACACACACCACAUGGUGUUAGGUACUUAGCUUCCCACUGCUGUUAGCAUAUGCCGUAUUGCAUGUCAACAUACUCAUCAUUGCAGUGGGUUUACUACUGUACCUGUACGUGCUAGAUACACAUUUGGUAUGGCGACAUUUUCGUUGAGUUUCGGCGUCUGUCCUUUUUUAGCAGUUGUUGCUUGUAUGUUGCAUCAUUCCCGCAUUCUUAACCAUGGAUGCAUGCUUUAGCUGCCUCCUUUAAUGUCCUGAUGUUUCUUCUGUUUACGCCUGACAAUGGAGGCGAACUUUGGUGCACGUUUAGCCGGGUCGUACUUCCGGAAGAGCCCUUUGUAUUCUAGCUUAUUUUACCCGUUUUAGUAACCAUGACAACUUGGUGUGCGCCUGCUGUUCCCCUUUCGUGCAAUUAUGAUAUCUUUGUACUUAAAAUUAUGUUUUAUGAUUUUUUAGCACUCCGCAUUAGCGUCGAGCAGUGGCACACCCCUGAGCCGCAGCCAACCUAUCUGACUUAUUCUCUUGUAGUAGCAACUCUCGGCCACGUCAUUUGCACCACAGUCUUAGCAUAUAUUAAAAUCUCCCAGCGUAUCUCCUCUAUCCGAUCAUGUCCCGCUUUGAUAGAGCCAUCGUUCAUACAUGUCUUUAACGCUCCAUUUUAGUUGUUGUCGGUGUUGUGUCGAUCUCUUAGAAUUUAGGGAGCGGACUUUGUGUCCCAUCUGCUGACUCAACGUAUUCGUUUUGAAUGACUGAACACUCUAAUUAACGCACUUGUAUGGCCGGUUGUAACGCGGACGUGCAAACUUUACUUUAAUCUUUUAUACCUGAAGAAGAAGAAGAAGAAUUGUUACGUCCGAUAAACCCGAAGUCAGACCGGCUGGUUAUGCUGCUUGGCUUGUGUGCAACAAACACAAUCCAUGUACUACUCUGUACUCAGUCACGCUGCGUUUAUGUCGAUAUUAAA